GUAUAAGCUAACCACAAAUUUCAAAAUUCUUUAUUUUUUUGAAAAACUACUCAUAUUAAUCGGAACGGAGACGGAAACCGAGACUGACGGAGUAUCAAAAUUGAACCAUAAUUAAGGGACCAACGUUGUUAUUUUACCAAAAAUGAAAGUGGAAAAUGUCAAAGACCUCACUCUUUCAUAGCAAAGCAGGACAAUAACUCAAGCAAUUUAUUCUUAAAGAAGAAUGAGUUUUAGAGAGAUGUCAAUGGACAGUAUGACGGAAGAAGAUUUGGAUUCGUUUGAUUCUAAUACAGAUGCAAUCAUCUACGACACUUCUGAUCAUUCUGGUGAAAGCAUGAUCUCCGGUCCCAACAUUUCAUCGUCAUCGUCGGACGAUGACGACCGCCCCCAGAAGCAGCAGAUCUCGACUGCUGCUCCUUGUGAAGUUGGGACCGAUUUGAAAGUUGAAUCAUCAUGUGCAUCUUCCAGCUGGUUUAUGAAUAAUAAUAAGCAGAUUCAUAAGCAAGAAGCGAUAAUGAUAUUUAAUGUUGAUUUCAGGGCACUUUCUUCUAAGGGUUCCUUUUGCAAUAAGAGUGAUAAUGAAGUUGGCAAAUUGAAUUUAAAUUCUUGUGGGAAAAGAGUAAGAGAAGGGGAAAAUGAAGACGAAGUAAUUAUGAGGAAGAAGGAUCGGAGCAAAGAGCAAAUGGUGGAUCCAUUAACACCUUUAAAUUGGUCAUCAUUUUGGAAAUGGGAAGAUGAUGAGGGUACUUUUGAAGUGCCACCUCUGUCACCGUUGUCACCACAUCCAAAUUUGAAGAGAGCACCUCCUUUGUUGGAAAAUGACAAUAUGUAGCUAGAGAAAAUUUUGGCUCCGUCGCUCGACUGAGCACUUUCUCGGAUUGCUGUGAUGAUGAAGCAUUUGACAACUUUAAACCUGCAGGCAUAAUGGAUAUUGAGAAUGAGCAAAUUGUAGAUCCAAUAUCACCUGAAAGUUGGUUUUCAUUUUGAGAUCUGUAAGGGGAAGAUGAUGUGGAUAUUUAUGAAAUGCUAUUCGUUGUUGCACUUGAGGAGGGUUUUUUCAACUAUCUACCGACUAGUGGUAAUGACUGCAAAUACUUUAUCCUACCCAGAUCUCAUUUGUGAGAUUUUAUAAUAUAUAUUACUUUUUUUAUUUUGGAAUAAAUGAAUUGUUGAGGUAUUUAUUAUUGUAAUAAUUUAUCCAUUUACUUUUGAGAAGGUAUUACAAUGUUAAUUUGUGUGUCUAAAUCUAACAAUUCAUAGAUGAUGUGGAUAUUUAUGAAAUGCUAUUCGUUGUUGCA